AUGGAGGCAGAGUUAUUCCAACGAUCGGUUAAUCAAUUGAGUUUAUCCCUUCCACUCAGUCCGCUCUCGAUUUCACCAAUGGCUCUGAACUCAGCUCUAGCUUCUCAACAACCAUCACCACUCCUAAUCUCACAGCCAACAGUUCUGUAUCCCGGAUCAGCUUUCCGUGCCGUUCCCUCGCAUCCAAUCCCUUCAUCAUCCACAUCAUCAGCUUGUUCCGCUCAACUCACUGAAUCAUUUUUCAUGUCCGCCAUUCAUUCGCUUGUCAUCGACGCGUCAAACACGAGCGAAGAGUCAAUGAGCGAGGCAGGCACCAUGUCCGAGAGAGGGAUCGAUGAAGUGCCAGCGGGGAGUCUUCUUUGUCAAGUGUGCUCUGAUCGAGCUUCCGGAUUUCACUAUGGAGUUUUCGCAUGUGAAGGGUGUAAGGGUUUCUUCCGUCGCUCAAUCCAGCAGAAAAUCCAGUACCGAGCUUGCUCCAAGAUGCAAGAUUGCCCAAUCGUUCGAACUAAUCGAAAUCGUUGCCAAUAUUGUCGAUUAAAGAAAUGUAUCGCUGUUGGAAUGAGUCGGGAUGCGGUUCGAUUCGGUCGAGUACCAAAGCGGGAGAAAGCUCGAAUGGUCGAAGAGAUCGCUCGCUCAUCCGUGCGAUCUCAGGUUGAUGCGAUUCGUCUCCAUUUCGAGGAUCCAACCGCCGUCUUUGCGAGAACCACACACGCUUUCGCUCGGCUACUCGAAGCGGUGUGGUCAGUCUGGUCCGGAUCACCAGGUCAAUGCCCGCUUCCAUUUGCCUCUUAUCUUCCUUCAAUCAAAGCUGUCGUCGACUUCGCGAACUCAUUGCCUGGUUUCUUAUGCAUUCCACAAGAGGAAAGGGUUCUUUUGUUAAAGGCUUGUGUCUUCGACGUCUUGCUGAUUGUUGGUUGUGCUCGUGAACCCCCGCCAGCAUCUGCAUCUCCACUCCUUUCCCAUUCAAUUGCUUUAUUGUCAUCAAGAAUUCGUUCCUAUCCAGCGACACCGAUUUUAGCAGCGUUGGCGAUUUGUGCCUCGUCACCUACUCCGUCACCACUGACAAGUCGUCUAGCUGAAUCAUAUUGGGGAGUGGUGAGUGCAACGGUUCCCUCAUGUGUCCCAUCAAUGCCGACACUACUCGCCGAUUUGCGAGCAUUGUCCAUUCUGCACAGUGAACGUGUUCGUUGCCCAGUGCCAAAGAAAUCGUUGAGAGAGCGUCACUCUUCACUUGCAUCUCUCCUCGAAGGGCCAGUUCUCUCAUCAUCCAGCUCAUCAAUUUCAUCGUGUCCAUUGCUCAUCAAUACAUCCACUUUUCUCUCACAAUCCCCGCAUUUAAAGAUCGAGCUCUCUCCAGCGACUUCGCUCGACUUUUCGAUUGACGAGAUUGACGAGGAUAAACCGCUCGAUUUAUCGAUGAAGAAACGAGUUUGC